UCAUUUCAUUUGCAAUUUUGUUGUGUCAUUUUGGUUUAGUGUGAAAGCAAAUAGUCAUCGAUAAUGCCCGUUGAAAAUUUGGAAGACCAGGGUCUUGAAAAAAAUCCUGAUUUAGAAUUGGCGCAUUGCAAAUUUCUAUUAAGUUUAGUUGAAUAUCGUAACGACAAAAAUAUUCACGCUAAAAUCACAGAAGCGAUCAAGAAGGAUGACAUGGCUCCUUGGUAUGAAGCGCUAUGUAAAGAAACCGGCUGGAAAUUAGACGUUAAUUUACUGAAAACUUUAAAGUCGAAAAAUGACGAACAAAUUAAAUUACUAGAUGAAGCGAUAGAAGACGCAGAGAAGAAUUUGGGAGAAAUGGAAGUAAGAGAAGCUUAUUUGAGAAAAGCGGAAUACUACAGCCGUAUUGGUGAUAAAGACAACGCAAUAAGUACGUUUAGACAAACUUAUGAUAAGACUGUCUCACUUGGUCACAGGUUAGAUAUAAUAUUCCAUUUAAUAAGAAUCGGUCUUUUCUUUAUGGAUCACGAUCUCAUUACUCGAAAUAUCGAUAAAGCUAAAAGCUUAAUAGAAGAAGGAGGAGAUUGGGAUAGAAGAAAUCGUUUAAAAGUAUACCAAGGUGCAUAUUGUAUGUCAGUAAGAGAUUUUAAAACUGCCGCUAAUUUAUUUUUGGAUACAGUCAGUACCUUUACUUCCUACGAAUUGAUGGAUUACAAAGCUUUCGUCAGAUACACUGUAUACACAUCUAUUAUAAGCUUACCGCGAAAUCAACUCAGAGAUAAAGUUGUAAAAGGUUCCGAAAUACUAGAAGUUCUACAUUCAGAACCUUUUGUAAAAGACUAUUUAUUUUCUUUGUAUAACUGUCAAUAUGCAGAAUUUUUCACAAACUUAGCAGAAGUUGAGACAGUUUUAAGAAAAGAUUACUUUUUAAACCCUCAUUACCGUUACUACGUAAGGGAGAUGAAGAUUUUAGCUUAUACACAACUUUUGGAAUCCUACCGUUCUCUUACAUUACAAUAUAUGGCUGAAGCUUUCGGUGUUACAGUCGAAUACAUCGAUGAAGAAUUAUCGACUUUUAUAGCAGCCGGAAGAUUACAUUGUAAAAUUGAUAGAGUCGGUGGAAUUGUUGAAACCAACAGACCUGAUUUGAAGAACGCCCAGUUCAACUCUGUCGUUAAACAAGGAGAUUUACUACUGAACAGAGUCCAGAAGUUGUCCAGAGUUAUUAAUAUUUAAAUGAAAACUUGUUUUUUUUUUUAUAAAUAUAUCUGUAAUUAAGGAAAUAAAUGCUUUUCUCUCAA